UAAUUUCACAUAAAGUUGAAAAAAUAAUGUCGUGAUUUGAAAUUAACGAUUAUUUAAAAUGAGUGUUUUAAUUGUAAACAAAUGCAUAUAUCCAUGCAUUACGUAUGUACAUACAUGUAUAUAUAUUAUAUUUAUAUAAACAUAGCCUAUACCCAUACCCAUACAGUGAUAAAUACCAAUACAUCGAUUGCGGCGCUGCACUGUGGCAAUAACUGCAAACUAACGAUAGGCACAUUUUUUGCAAAUGGCGUCAUAGUAUCUCGCUACACGUGUUCAUGUUGUAAGGCGUCAUAUAUUGAAUUGCGUUAUUUGAAAGUGAAGUCAAUUAAAAAUAAAGAUUGUACUAAUUAAGCAAAUAUAGUUAUAUUAUAUUGUUUUAAUAAAAAGAUUUGAAUAUGUUUUAUUUAAUUGAGUGUGACAAAGAUCAAUCUUUGUGUACUGUAGAAGACUUCGAAAUCGUGUGCGAUCCCAAUCAACCACCAAUAUUAGACGAAAAUGUUGAUUUUUUUUAUGGAAAAGAAAAGUACAAAGGGGUUGUUGUUGGCAUGUCAGAGGAUGCUAAUCUAUUGAACGAAAAGGCAAAAAAUUUAAAACGGAAACGGAAAGCUUCUGGUUCACCUGUUCAGUCAUCACCAUUACCUCCCAAGAGAUCCCGGAAGCCUAAGAAAAGCUUUUCUUUUAAUCAAAGCCCAUCACGUCAAAGUUCAGCAUUGAGUAGUAAAAUAUUGCAAAAAAGAAACGAAUCAGAUUCCGAAGACAGUGAUAAAGAAGUGUUACGUGCAGAAACAAGUUCUGCAAGUGAUAAUGAUGAUUAUAAGGAACCCCUCAGAGUAUCAAAAAAAGAAACACUUGAAGAAAAUGACAAUCAGGACGGUCAUCAAUCUGAAUCUAAAACGGAAAGUAAUAGUCCGAAAGAUGAUACAACUUUGAAUCCUCAAUUGUGGGGCAAAAACUGCGGCGAGCCAGUAGUUUUGUUGAAAAACAACAUUUACUGCAAAAAAGCGAUUUUUGACGAUGCAGAAGAUUUAUCUAGGAAGUCUGCUACAUCGCUUUUACGAAGAUUGAUGGAUGGAGUAUUUAGACCUGAUGUUAUUUUAAACUUGAACUGCACGUACAGUGGGCGGCCUCCUUCAGCACAAGGAAAAGACAAACAGCUUAAGAAAGUUGAACCAUUAGAUCGACUAGCCAAAAGAGCACUCAUGGAAUAUUGUGAUGAUUAUGCUACUAAAAAAGGAUGGUCAAAAUCCAACCCGAGUGAUCUACGUGCAGCUAUGUCACAAUGGAUCGGUGAGUUAAAAAGAACACAUCAAAAAAAUCUCAAACGAAACACAUAAUUCGUUUGGUCACACUCUUUUUUUGUUAACUUGAUAAAAAUACUUUAUCUCGCAUGACGUUACACGUCAAUCUAUAAUAAAUAAGUUCAUUAAGCUUUAAUAAGAUAAAUUUUUGAUUAUUAUCCAUUUCUGAAAUUUAAUAUUUUUUAUCAGAGUUUAUGCUUUUACGACAGAGGAGAGUAUUGUUAAAAUUUAAUCAUAUUGCUAA